AUGGCUUUCAAAUUCAAUUGGCCUGAUUUUACUACUGAAUUCGUUGAGCAAGCAAAGCAACUACUAACGACAGCACUUAAUAAGAGUAAUAAACCAGCCAAUAUAGUAGAUCAUAUUGUAGUGAAAGAUUUAAACAUGGGCACAAAGCCUCCUGAGUUGGAAAUAAUGGAAAUUGGAGAAUUGGCAGUUGAUAAAUUCAGAGGAAUAUUCAAACUGAUAUAUAGCGGAGAUGCCCAUUUAACUUUGCAAACUAAAGUACAGGCAAAUCCAAUGAACAGUAAUAAAUCAGAUGUAAGCAUGUAUACUCGGAGAGGAAUUCUUGCAGCUGAUCAACCUCUUGUUGUACCUAUGCUACUUCGAUUAAGUAAUUUAAAAUUACGUGGGAUUAUCGUAUUAGUAGUCAGCAAGCAAAAAGGGAUUACACUUGUAUUUAAAAAUGAUCCAUUAGAAAAAGUAGAUAUUUCAUCUACCUUUGAUAGUAUUUCUAGCAUACAACGAUUUUUGCAAACAGAGAUUGAGAAAAGAUUGAGGAUAAUGUUCCAGGAAGAUUUACCUUCAAUUGUUCAUCAAUUAUCAUUA